CCCUAUAAAUGUGGAAUGAAUUUGCUCCACUUUCAUAACCAACCUCAUUGGCUUCACACUAAUAAUUCUCUUCAGUCUUCACACACACAAUAUGGAAAGUUCAUACUCCCUUAUAAUAUUACUUCUCUUAACUUCGGCAAUCUGUUUAAUCUCGGCCCUUGAGAAAACAAAUGUUGAGUUCAUAAGAACAUCAUGUGGUUUAACAACUUAUCCAACACUUUGCUUCAAGUCACUCUCAGCACGAGCUGGUGCAAUCCAAACAAGCCCUAAGCUACUAGCCCAAACCGCUCUAUCUGUGGCCCUUGACACCACCCGCACCACCUCUUCAUCCAUGGUUAAAUUGUCGAAAGUGCACGGCAUGGCUCCUCUAGAGGUUGCAGCCAUGAAAGAUUGCCUUGAGUUAUUGAGUGACUCUAUGUACGAGUUGCAAAGGUCACUUCACGAGAUGAGGCGACCAGGUUCCAAAGAUUCAAGGUUGGUGAUGAGAGACAUACAGACAUGGGUCAGUUCCGCGAUGACGGAUGAGGACACGUGCACCGAAGGGUUCAAGAAUGACCUGAAAAUGGAAAGUGUUGUGAGAGGAAAGAUUGUGAAGGCUGCACACUUAACCAGCAAUGCUUUGGCUUUGAUCAACAGUUAUGCUUCUCUAAGUAGGUAAGAAAGAGACAAUUUAAUUAAUGUAGCAUAUGUAUAAAUGCAUAAUUUUGUUUUGGUUCCCUUGUAGCAAUGAGUGAAUGUGUGGCAAACUGCAAAUGUAAUGAAUUAAUGAGUGGAAAUAUUAUCUUAUAUGAUUGAUUUUGCUUGUCA